AUGCAAAAUUCGGAAUCACUUUCUAUUAAUAUUCCGAAACCUACAAGUCGAAAGGCUUCUAUCGUUUCUGCGAAUAUUCCAUCAAGUCCUCAUUUCAUUCAAAAUAAUUUAAGUCAUGACUUAAAUGAUAUUCUUCGAGGUUUUGUUGAUGAAUUAUGUGAAAUUUUUAUUGAGGCAAGGCAACGUGGUAAACCUGAUACAAAUACUUGUAAACUUUUUACCGAUUAUUUAAAAUCAGAAAAUCAAAAUGUAGAACAAAUUUUUGAAUGCCUUUUAAAUAAUACUCAUAGACCUGAAUACACUGCUCUUUUAGGUUACUUUUAUUCUAAAGGAAUAGGAACUAAACCUAGUUUUCGUAAAGCUUAUAGUUUGUAUCUUUCUGAAGCUAAAAAAGAUUAUUUUAUUGCUCAAGAUUUAGUUGGUGAUUGUUAUUAUUUGGGUAGAGGUACAAUUAGAGAUUGUAGAAUGGCUUUUGAAUGGUAUCAAAAAGCUGCCGAUAAUGGAAGUAUUGGUGCUCUAACAAGUUUAGGAAUGUGUUACAUUUUAGGUGAAGAAGCUGCUAAUGACAGUUAUAAAACGACCAACAAACAAGCUCAAAAAAAUAAAUUACAAUCAAAAAAUGCUAAAAAAGCAUCUCCCGGUAAAAGCAAAUUAUCUAAGACUGCCAACACAGAUUCUACACGACGUUCAGAACCUUCAAACAAAAACAAUUCUUCAUCGAACAAUGUUAAAUCAUCGAAAAAUGUUAAUUUAAAUGAAAUUCCUUUAGAACCUUCUAACAAUGUCAAUUUACAUGAAACUCCCUCAGAAACUUCGAACAAUGUCAAUUUACAUGAAACUCCCUCAGAAUCUUCGAACAAUGUCAAUUUAUAUGAACUUUUUUCUGAAUCUUCAGUCGAAGAUAAUUUAUUGUCAAACAGUGAUCAUUUACAUGAACUUUCUUCAAAAUCAGAGGUUAUUGAUUUGGAACCUUCCGUAGAAAGCGAUUUAUCGUUGAAAACUAUCGAUUUACGCGAAUCUUCUGAAGAAUUUUCCGAAACUAUUAUUCCAGAACCUUUCGACGAAAGUAAUUUAUCAGUAGAAACUAUUGAUUGGCAUGAAUCUUCUAAAGAGGAACCUUCUGAAAUUAUCAUUCCAGUUGAAACUUGUUCAGAACCUUCUGUUGAAAGCGAAAUGUCGUUAAAAGCUAUUUGUUUACGUAAAUCUCCUCUUCCCGAGGAAUCUUCUAAAAUUAUUACUCCAGAACCUUCCGACGAAAGCAACUUGUCAUUUGAAACUACUGAUCUACAUGAACCUUCUUCUGAACAAUCUUCUGAAAUUAUUAUUCCAGUCACACCAUGUCCAGAACCCUCUGUUGAGAGUAGCCUGCCAUUAGAAACUACUGAUUUACACGAACUUUCUUCUGAACAAUCUUCGGAAGUUAUUAUUCCAGAACCUUUAAUUGAAAACAACACACCAAUAGAAACUGUUGAAAUCAUUAAUCAAGUCACGUCAUGUCCAGAACCUUCUGUUGAAAGUACCAUAUCGUUGGAAACUACUGAACCACAUGAAUACUCUCCUGUGGAAUCUUCUGAAAUUAUCAAUCAAGUGACACCAUGUCCAGAACCUUCAAUUGAAAGCAACAUACCGUCAGAAACUACCGAUCUAAAUAAAUGUCCUCCUGUUGAACCUUCUGAAACCACAAAUCAAGAGCCAGAACCUUCCAUAGAAAACAAUUCAUCACCAGAAAAUGCUGAUAUACAUGAAUCCUCUCCAAAAUCUCCUAAAAUUGUUGAUCAAGGUUCUAGUGUUGAAACAAAUCCAAAACCUGCUCCUACCAAGAAAAAACGUAAGAGAUGUUCAAAAUUGGAACAAGUUGAAAAACGUAUAAAUAGACGAAUUAAAUGGUAUAAAAAAAAUCUUUAUGAUGAGGUUAAUUAUGAAUUAUUGGAAGACUUUCCUGGUUGGUUACGCGGUUGCGAAAUGGAUAAAUAUUCUGCUUUAUUUGAAGGAAAGCGAUGGCAAGAUAUUGUAAAAAUGAAAUAUAAAGAUUUAAGAGAAUUAGGAGUUGAUCAUCAUGAGUCUGCAUGGCAAUUACAAUCAAACUUUUGGAUUAUUAACUGUGAUCUUGCCGCGAAAAAAGGAAAAACAUUACCUUAUAAAGGAGGUGUUGAUAGAAUAAAUAUAGAUUUGGAAUUAAUGAAUGAUUUCCCUGAAUACCUUAAGUCUAUUAAUAUGGAACAAUAUGCGCCCCUAUUCGCAGGAAAAAAUUGGAAAGAAAUUAUUGAUAUGGAUCAUAAAGAUUUGAAAGCUUUGAAGAUUGAAUCCGUCAGUCACAGAAUAGAUAUGGUUAAGCAAUUCUGGGUCAUGAGGCUUAAUAAAUGCGUUUUGAUUCCAUCUAAAAAAAGAACAAAAAUUCCUGACAUGAUUUCUGAAUUCGAAGAUCCAAAGGAAGAAGUCGUUCAACCAAACGAGUGUGACAAUAAACUCGAAUGA